CACAGCCAGGUUGACCAUGGACACACACAAUAAGAAAUCCCUUAUAAGUUCAGUGGCCAUGAAAAGCUCAUCUUUUAUACGGCGCGUUCGCACUACGGGAUGUCUCCACCAAAAGUCAAACCACAAAGUUCACAUAGAGGGCCUGACGCAUCAUGGAAACACUUUUUAGAGCAUGGAGCUACUUGUCGAACCUUGAGUGGACGGAAAGAGCCCAGUCCGACUGCAAAUUCUGUGACCACAGCAAAUUAAAACCAAUCUACCAGGACAAUCUCGUCAUUGCUUUCGAGAACAUCAGGCUGGGUGGACGGCAUCACUGGCUCAUCACCCCCCUCCAACACAUCCGCGACAUCGAGGUUCUGGGUACAAAGGACCUGCCAUUGUUGCUUCACAUCGACAAGGUGAAAAAACUGCUCCUAGACCGGCAUUGUCCCGACCAUAAGAAUUGGACGAUUCAUUCGGGUUACCAUCGCGGCAGGAGACCGAUAUCCCUCCUGAAUGGGUUCUAUUGGCCGGAUAUCAUCUCCAUUCAUCACCUUCACCUUCAUGUCAUCGUGGAGCCCUUCUGGACACUUUGGCUGUUCAAAUACCCAACCUGGCUGCCAUUUAUGUGGAAGUCGGAUAGACAGGUUGUCCAGCAAGUUGAGAGGGCGAAGCUGAAAGGGGACUGAGGCUCGCGUUAGGUGCAGAUGAGGUGGCUAUAGCGCAACCCUAAGUAUUGGUCACCGGAAUCAUGGCUUACACAGUUUCACCAGUCACUUCAUGGCAAGCGACAGGAUGAGGAAGUACUGA